AUGGCAGGAAUAAAAGGUAGAUUGGUUACCUUGGCCUUUCUUGGUUCUAUUGGUAUGACAUUUGUGAUUUUGGCAUGUGCUUUACCUCAGUACAAAUUAUGGUGGCCAUUUUUCGAGGUAAUAUUCUACAUUCUAGCGCCGAUACCUACUUUAGUUGCAAAACGAUACAACGAUGGCUCUGGUUCUAGUAAUGGUUGUUUGGAAGCAUCUAUAUUUGUUACAAUGGGUAUAUUAGUUAGUUCAUUCGCCCUACCAAUUGUUCUUUCACGUGCUGCAGUGAUAGCUGCGGGAGCGUGCUACUUGACAAUUGCAGGAAAUGUUGUGGUAUACAUGACAUUACUAGGAUUUUUCCUAACUUUCGACCAAGAUGAUUCUGAUUACAACAUGUGGUAAUUUGGUAUAAGAAAUAAUAAUGUUAUCAUAGCUCGGAUAAUUUAAGACUGCUGUUAGGUUUCAUUGCUGUACAUAGAGAAUCGAGGAUUCAGGAAAAAGGAAAAAUUUGAUCAAAGUCAUACUAUUUUAAUUAUCAUCUUACUGCCACCAUGGAACCCUAUGUUAAUGUGACAGUAUACUUGAAUAUUUUGAUUAAACAACAGACUUAUUGUUAUUUUAUUAUACUUUUAAAAACAGCUUAACAACAAUAUCUUGUAGUAAUACACUGUUUAGUAUUAAGUAAUACAGCUUUUGUGUAUUUUUUUUAAUAAAAUAGUAUCGUACAAGAAUUGUUAACCAAGAAUGUCUCACCAGCAAUACAAGUAACAACUCAAUUAAAAAAUUAUGGAAAUUAACUAUUUUACAAAUGUUUCGAAUUAAAUAUAAUUUUUUUCGUUAAAAACGGAUUUUCAUACACACUGUUACCAUUUUAUAAAGCAUAGGUUCGGUUAGAUUCAAUAGUCGGCGCUGUCCUUCCACUCGAGGUCUAUUGUGGCUCAUCCCUAAAUUAAAGCUAUCCUUUGUCCUUUCAGGCUAGCCGUUUUAACAAAGCUUUUAUGGCCUUUGCACGAAGUUGUAAGGUUCGACUUAAGAGUGCUCAAAUGCAUUGAGUCUUAUCCUAUCAAACCCUAGACAGUUGUACAGAAUGUGUUCUGCUGUCUCGUCUUCAGCCUGACAAAAUCUGCAAUCCGCACUUUCUGUUGCUCCAAUUUUCUUUAUGUGCCCCUUGACGCGACAGUAUUCUGUUAGGAAACCUACGAUGGUUCACAGAUCAUUCCUAUUAAUAUCUAGUAGAUCUUUGGAUCUCUUUGUCGAAGGUUUAUCUAUAAAUGGCCUUCGUAUGUUUAAGGCCAGGUUCCUCCAAAAAAACGUGUGAUUUUUAAAUUUUAUUUAUAGUACAAAAAAUAUUUCAAAAUCAAAUUUUUUACUGGUGAAAGUACAUACAUUAAACUAAUUAAACCCGACCAAUUUGUUGGCGAGUGUCGUUAUUUCUUGGAAACGAAUUAUUCGAAAGCAAAAAAACAAAAUGGUUUCAUAUUCGGUAUCGUAUUGGCUAUGGACGGUACUACAAUGAAACAUUUUUACUGAAAAAAAUUAAAAUGGCGGACUAUUGAAUUUUUCGACACUUUUCUGCACUUUUAAUUGUUCAUAACUUUUUUAAAUAACAGUGAAUAUUUUUGGUUGUAGUAACGACCAAAGAGAAACAUCUAAAGAGUAAAGGUAGUUUUGAGAAACGCCAAUUAAAGUAAGCAGCUACCGUCAUCCUUGAGAAUUAAUCACUUCGCGCGCACUGCUCUCCCCUCUUCUUUCUAUUUCCAUUUUAAUUCUAUACUAUUUCCAAGAGUAUUUCGAGCAAUUUUUGUAAAAAAAAAUCGAAAAAUUUUUUGCAAAAUUUUUUACAGGUAGGUACCUGGCUUUAGGAUCCAUUUGUUCGUACCAGUGGUUACGUUUCAUCCAUUCCACCCAGUACGAUAUCGUUCUUUUGGCUAUGCCUCUUGCUAUGCCAAUGAAAGGUUCUAGACCUCUGAAUGUUUCUUUUGUCUCUUCCCUGGCAAAUAUGUCCGUUUUUUCGUUCCCUUCAAUAUCAGUAUGUCCAGGUACCCAAAGUUAACUUCUUUUCUACUUUUCCGAUUCGUAUCACACAGUUCCUAACUAACUUGGAGUCGAUUUGAUUCCAAUACCUGUAAUGCCUCGUGGCUAUCCGAUAUAAUUUUUGUAGAUCUGUCCGUGCAAUUUCUCUUUAUUAGUUCCUGCAGGCACAUCGAAGAUAGUGCACUGAUUACCUAGGUAUCCAUUAAGGCUUAGCCAUGGUUUCCUUCCUUCCGUAUUCUCUUAGCUCCAACUCCUUCAUCGGAUUUAGAGUUGUCUGUAUACCAGCAUUGAUCUUCCAUUAUGAAAUGCGUUUUAUUCGACUUCCAUUCGUCUCUUACUGAAAAGGUGACAGUAAACGGCAUUUCGAAAUUAUAUUUAAUUUGCUUUGCAUCUCAUACCAUUUCCAACUCUGAAUAAUUUUUUAUUUUCUCUCCAGAUUUGAUCCCGGUAUUUUUCACCUAGCUUCCUGACAUCUUACUCGCUUUCUAUAUGCUCCUAAUUUCGUCUCCUUCUUCAUCCAUAUAUGCAAUGGAGGGAGGUCUGUAAUUAAAAGCGUAAGCUAUACCAAUAUUAUUUGGAGUGAAAAACACUCUGGCGAGGAAAGUGUUCUUGUGUGACCCGUUAUCGUUUCAAAAUAUGCUUAUCAGUCUAGGCCGUAGUGGAUGGCUGACUGAAGGCAAGGUUCCUCCCAAAAACGGUUUUUUUUAAAGUAAAUUUUAUUUUUGAAAAAGAUAUUUGAAAAUAAAACUUUUUACAGGUGAAAAUACACACAUUAAACAACUUGUUUCUUUUUUCAAAACGGCGGCUCUCAAAAUGGCUGCCCUUACUCGUCCAAUUUGUUGAUGAGUGUUCAUCCAUGAAUGUGAUCAUUUCUUAUAAACGAAUCAUCCGAAAACAAAAAACAAAAUGAUAUCGUAUUCUGUUCUAUCUGUCGGUACUACAAUGAAACAUUUUUUCGGAAAAAAAACAAUGGCGGUUAUUUUAAAAUUUUUUCGAACCUUUUUGCACUUCAUUUGUUUAUAACUUGUUUAAAUAGCAAUGUAAUUUUAAAUAGCAAUAUUUACCUACUUCAAGGUCACGCGGGCUUUCGGGACUAUAUACUAUUUCUAGAGUAUUUUCGAGCAAUUUUUAAAAGAAACAGUUUUGAUUUUUUGAAAAUGAUUGGGAGGAAGCUGGCCUUAAGUAUCUUGAGAGGGUCAGAGUUAUUUAAAUCUAUUAAAAAGCGGAUUCAAAAACAUGUGUUUAUAUCUUUCAACAUCCUUUAAUGUUGUUUAAUUUGUGAUAUGUUCACAGUAUUAUUUACCAUUUUUUCAAAAUGAUGGUAGAUAACUUACUUUUAGGAUUGGUUAUCUUGUAACGGAAAGAAACCACCAAGUAAAUACUUUCACAUAGAUAUAUAGAAAUAUUAAAAAUAUAUAUUAUGUCAUUUGUAAAAAAAUCGUGUCAGCUAUUACAUGUAAUCGUUUUACUUUGAUUUUAGGACAAAAUCCUUUAGAAACCUAUUUAUUUUUUUAUGGUGAUAUUUGACAUACUAUCCUAGACAUUUUCCAAAUUCCUCAAUAAAUCCUUAUACCCAAUAUCUCCAUACAAUCCUUAAAUCUAUUAUCUAUUAUGCAAAUAGAUAUUUUUAAAAUAUCCUUUCGUAAUUUUUUGUACUAUUUUUUGAUGUAUUUUUAUAAGAAUGUAUGAAGAACGCUGCGCUGUCAAUUUUCAUAGCGUUAUUCUAUAAUCUUUCUCAGAAUAAUAAAACAUAAUGCAGUGGUUCUCUGGUGACAGAAAAAAGGUGUCAUUGAUAUACUUUUAUACAAAUUCGCAGAUAUAUGAACUAUAACUUAAAAAUGAAUAAUCUCUUGAAAGGAUCUGUUAUGUUACGGAUUUUUUGAAGAUCUGAACAUUUACUACUGCUUGCUAUUAAUUGCUUUUUGUGUCUAGUUAUAAAUAAGAUUAUAAUUAAUGUAUAUAAGAAAGUCUACAUUGUUUCUAUAUUCGGUGGUAACAGAAAUUUUUUGUAAAGAUAUGUAGAUGCUUUCCACACUGGUACACAUUAUUGAGAUUACAUAUAAAUUUUUAUUUUUCGGCCUACAUUAGUUAUAAGAUCCUUGACUGUUUUUGUUAAGCUGUAAAUUAUACAAGUAAUAGGUCCUAACAAAUACCAUCAGUAUGUAAUAAUUUUUAUUAACUAAUAUUCACAUUUUUUUCCAGAAGUCAAAAAGACAUUCUUAACUAUUAGAAAGUUUAUUAAUAUUAAAUAUUAAAAAGUGUAAAUUAAAUAAAUGUAUUGAUUAAGACAUUCAAACAUUUUCUGGCUAAAUAAAAAGUGUAAGUUAUUAUUUUCAUGUAAAUUUUACAAAUUAUAUUACAUAGAAAUAGUUAGUCUUUCUGCUGAAGAUUAUUAUUCCUUCUUUAGUGUGUUUUGAUACUUUAAUUAAAUUAUAAUAAAUACAGUAUCAUAAAAUUUUUUGAAUCCAUUGUAUUUACUAUAUAUUUACUAGAAUCGCUAUUCUAAAAUCUUGUCAAAAAGACAUAAUCAGAAGGCGCUUUUAUAUUACCAUUUAUGAAGACACAAUUCAAAUAAUACAAUGAUAUAUUGUUUCUGAAGUCUAGACCGUCGUCUGCAAGCGAGGAGGACCUAAGAAAACAUGGAAAGAGGGAAUGUAUAAAGCAAUUAAUGCUAGAGUUCUGAGAGAUGCCAAUGGAACAAUUGGAAUUACACUUAUAUAUCCAUAGUCGAACAUACAGACAUAUACAGAGAACUAAAGGUAACUGAAUCAUCAAAAUUGGAGUGAAGGGGUUUUGAAGAGUGAACUGUUUAACGAAAAUAUUUUCAUUAUAAUGAAAUUUAUUUAUUUUCAAACUUAUUUAUCAAGUAGUCUAUGGAAUAUUCUGAAAAAUGUCAGUUAUUGUUAAUGUUUAAUAUUAACCUUGCUGUAUGCCGUUGGGUGACGGUUAUAAUAAUAAUUUGCCCAAUUUUAUUGACAAAAUGAUAAUGGCUCAUUAUACAAAUAGUGAUUUUUUAAAUUUAAUUAUAAUUUACAGUGAGUGUAACAGAAUAGUAUCCAGAACUUGCCCUGUUUUUGCUGAGAGAUAUCCUGAGAAACCUUAACCAAACUGUAAAAGCAACAUACUUCCAUUCCAUAGUUCCGGCUAUUCUUUUGAUGUCGUCCACCCAUUUCAUAUGUGGUCUUCUUCUUGGUCGUCUACUUUUGUAAGGUCUCCAAUUAUUGUGGCGUUCCAACGUUAGUCUUUUUGUCUAGCAGUGUGACCUGCGAAGCUCCGUUUGAGUUUGGCAAUUUUCGUUGUGACAGAAAAAUUGUUUGACAAUUGUCACCGUUAGAUUACUAUAUUUGGGGAUAUGUUAAAAAUAAGGUAUUCUCUGAUCUGCCACUACUAAGGAAGAUAUGAUAAAUAAAGUCCUUUAAGUUUUUAAUGAAAUACAUAGAUGGAGAGUCAAUAUUAAGAGUUUUAAAAUGAAAGCUUGGUUAAAAAAGUUCAUAAAUAUUUGGAAGUUGACAACAUUUUGAACAUUUAUUACAUUCAUAAUCUAGUGCGUAUUGUCUUUGAUAGCACUUUUUUAAUUGUUCAAUAUUUAACUUACAAUAUGAAACUUGUAAAUUAACAAUAUAGUUAAAAAAAAUUGUGACAAAAAUGUAUAAAGUUAUUUUUUGAAAACUGCAAGAGAUAAGUAUAGAGAAUACUAAUACAGAUCGCUAGUGAGAAACGCAUUCUUUUAAAAUAAUGAAUCACAUACAUGGUGUCCAAUUUGAAAAAGGAAUUAGUCGAAAAUUUAGGAUGCCAGUUUAUGCCAAUUUUGACAGCAUCCCUUAUAAUAAAAAAGGUAAAUUUACACUGUAAACGAUCAGCUGUACAUGGUUAAUAAGUUCCUAAGGAAUUGAAACCUUUUUUAAAAUUACAUUAGAGGAUAUUGGACUUUAUAUAAUUGGUUGAAAAGCGUAAUUUUCAUAUAAAAACCAUUAUAACUAUUAAACAAAAAAUGUUCAAAAUAAUAAAUAACGUGAAUAUUUCAAAAAUUAAAAAGUAUACAAUAUGUGCCAUUAAAAAAAAACGAAGUUAUAAAGCAGCUUCCGGUAUAACCGGAAGUAGCAAAUGGAUGAAAAUAUUUUCAAUAGACAGUUCACUAUUGAAAACCACUUCAUUUCCAAUUUUCAUGAUUCACUCACCUUUAGUUCUCGAGAUAUUCCUAAUUGGCAGUUUAUUUGCCGCACCCUAUAUAUAUAUAUAUAUAUAUAUAUAUAUAUAUAUAUAUAUAUAUAUGUUUAUAAAUUUUGGAAUUUAGGUCUCCCUUUCAUUUUGUUUUCAUAUUGUCUCGAUUUUCAGUCUGUCUCAAACACAUGUCUGUUGGUUGGCGAGUUAAGAACGGUGCCUCCCCAUUUUUUUUCUUGAUUACAGUCAUUUUUGUUCCCAGUGUACUAUUUAUUUAUCAUGAUUAUAUCUAACCGAAUUUAUCCAUCAUCUUUCACAUCUGCCUAAUAAUUUCUCUUUCUUUGUUUUAAGCUUAUCUCUUCAUUGUUGUUUUAGAUUGUAACCUAAUUUUUCUAAUUUUUUAUAAUUAGUUGCCGAUAAGAUGAUAUCUUGGUUCACGUAUCAUCCAUUGAUUUUUUUUAUCAAUUUUUUGCUUUUGCUGCUUUCCGUCAUUUGGUUAUGCCUUACUGUACUUCAUUUUUCUUCUAGGAGGGAACAUGAGUAUCAAAUUAUAAUAAUACUGAACUGUUUCGACCCAGUGAUCAUUUUGGGGUUACAAGUUUAACCCUUUGAAGCCAUAGACAUAUAAUACAAGUAUACUGACUGUUGCAAUACGGGCCCGCACUGUUCCUCCAGUGCGAGAGAGAAAACUGACGAAAAGCAGUCCCUGCAUCUCUUUCUAAUGGACCGGGUUUAUCGAUCAAGUGACCUUCUCGUUGGUCACUUAGGUCAAGUGGUCGAUAAACCUACUGAAUUUUUUCAGAAUACAAAGUAAUUUUAUACACAUUAAUUUUAUUUUCUGGAAUAUUCUUUAUGUGUGUAAAAACUUUUAUACUGUUUUUAUUAUUGUGUAUUUUGUUUUCUAACUUAUCUGUUCGUCUAUCCGAUAUAGUCCAUGGUGUGAAACCGCUCCCUUUUGGGUAGAAAUUGUUGUUGAAAUAAUUUAACUGAACCAGAAACAUUUUUCCUACGAGAGUAGUCUCACAACAUGGGCUAGUAGAAAUUUUUGUACUACUACUACAAAUUAUUGUUUUUUUAUGGAGUGAUUGUAAUUUUUAUAUUCCUUGUAUAAAUGUGCGUGGCGUGGAGUCUUAUGUAAAACAUUUUGUAUUAAACCGGAACACAAAAGAUUUCUUGAUGUGUUGUGUAAAAAUGUGUUAGUGUUAGUAUGUUACAUAUUUCGUUUGAAUAAAAUAUGAAUAUGUCUUAAUAUCUAAAAAUUUUUAGUGAAGUUAAGUAUAGUCACAAAUAUGCUUCUGCGUUUAAAUAAUGUUGGCUUAAAGAAGGUUGCAGGUAUCCAGUGUAUUUGUGGAAGGUAUUUAUUGCAUUAAAAUUAUUUUAGCUUUACUCAUAGUUUCUUUUUCCCAAUCUACCCUUUGUUUUCAUUUUGCAAAGUUCACUCCAUAAAAUCUCAGUAAUAUCCAAUCUUUCACCGUUUACUUCUUCUCUUGAGGUGCAGAAUACUGUAGAAUUCAUCACUUAUAGGUCCUAUAUAUUGCAUUUGUCUUAUAUUCAUAGUCAUUGUGACUUCUCAUUAUUUCGACAUUUUAGAAUUGGUUCUUUUCAAAUUUAUUCCUCUAAUUUUUUUUUGUAUAAGAUCAGGUUAAUUUUAUAUUAAAUGGUAUUACCAAUUUGUUAGGCGUUUAACAAGUAUUCAGGCUUAUCAAAGGUUGUUUUUUUGGUAUUUAUUUGCUUGUUAUGUUGAAUCUUACCAAACAUCUUUUAUGAUCUAUGAAUCACACUAGAAUUUUUCUUACUUUUUCUAGCAAAUGUUCCUUUAUAAUAACUGUAUGCAAAUAAAAUAAAAUGUAUUCCUUAAUAUAUUGAGUUUUAUACAAAGGUUUUUUGAAAUUUUUGUGAUAAAUAGUUUUUUACGACCUUGUUAGCUCAUAGGUGAGUGUAAGUCUGUGUAAAUCCAAGUAUUGCAAAAGUUGUCUUUCGGUUAUAAAUAUCGAAACAUUGGGUCUCGUAUAGCUGGUACACUUAUUGAUAUAUCACAGAUAUAGACAGGUGAGGGACCUACGCCAAAGUAAAAUACAUACGACCUAGAGAACACUAUUUUUUAUUACUUUGGCAGAUCUUUUUGGGUAUUGUUUUAAAGCUGUUUUCCGAUAGUAUUUUAUGUUAUUAAAUUUAUCCUGUGAUAUGUAGAUUGUCAAUUUCAAAUGAGUUAUUUGGCAUCAAACAUCUUUCCACAUUGACAUUAAACAUCUUUUGGGUAUACCCUACUUCUAUUUUUGCGGGUAUCUGAUGAGCUUUAAUCUCUUUAGGAUCGAUACCUUGCUCAAACUUAUCUUAGCUGCUCCAUUCUUUUUCACUAGCUGAAUCUUUUUCAGUUCAAGCCGAGUAAGUACUUCAUCGCGGUUUUCUAGACUACUUUUUAGGAAUUUCUCUUCAUCUUCAGUUAGGGCCAGUAAUAGGAUGCAGGUUCAUGUUUUGUUCCUGCAUUAUUCCUUUUACUUGUUUGAUUUGCUUGUUUGUUCUUCAUUCAUUUUUGUCCCAGUAGAAGACUGGAUGGCUAUUUCCAGCGAAGCCUACAGCUGGGAGAAUGCUAAUUAAACUUUCCUUAAGAGGGAAUGUCCUGUUUUUUCGGCCACUUAGCCGGUUUGUACGCUCCCACAUUGGUGAAAACUUCCUCAUCAAUCGUCGAUUUAUCUUACAGUGUAAUAUUGGACCGGUUUCCACGAGCUAUUUUGUUAAUACCUGCAGCAUUCCUGAACAAAUGUUUCCUCUACUACUACUUUUAUCCGUUAACAUUUAAUUUCCCACGCUUUCGGUUCCGGUCCUAUUGUGCAUUAGAGGUUCUUUUACAAACACCAAGGUUACUGAUUUCGAUACCUAAGUUUUUAAGCAGAUCUGGGAUUCAGGCCACGCGAUCUGUUUCUUUCCCUACACUGAGAUAAAGCUGGUAUUUAUGCGGCUUCAUUUAGAUUAACUAUAAUACUUAUUUUGACAGGUCAUAUAUGUACAAAUGGUUUUGUUCUAUUUCUCGCAAUAUUGGUGUUUUCCUAAUGUUCUCACUCCUAAGGACGCAUUCUUCAAUCGAUAGAACCCUCUUUUAAAUCCGCCAGUAAAGGUACCUCUUUUUUAGCAGAAUUUUUUAAUUUGGAAGUGGAAUUUCUCUUUUUUCACGUCUUAAACUAAACUUCAAGGUGAAUCUUUCCAAAAAACAAGUUAACUCUUCCUGUAAUACCCUGUAUUCCAUAAUACUUAUUCCAAUUUCAUAAGUUUCUAUAAUAAACUUAUUUCUGUAGUUAGUUAUAGUUUCUAGGUAUCCAAGUUUAACAGAAUAUUAAAAAAACUGAAAGAUUUUGAAAAACUGAAAGAAGACACCAACUGAAAAUUGAUUGUUUUCCUACAGCAGAAAACUUUAACAAAAGUUGCUUUGGUUUUCAGUAUGUGCAAUAUUUGUGUAGCACAUCGCAGUUAUUUUGUAUAUUUUAGUUUAAAAAUAGGUUUUGUACUUAGUUAGUAUUUGUACUAGGUGUAUAAUAUAUAAUUCUAAUAAAUUAUUUUACUACUGAU